AUUGGUACGGUGUCUUACCUACCUUGUCACAAUGCUAAACCGGCAGCGAUAAAUAUCUGUACGAUCUAGACCAAAAUAUUACUUGUGUUGGUGCAGGUUCAAUUCUACGAGUUGUUUACAUUUGAUACUUGACACCAGAUGAGAUUCCUUCCAAAUAUAAAUCAUAACGCCGGGCACAGCACUUGUCUUCAAUUAAGUUCAAGCUAAACUAAGUAGGCUUAGCACAAAACUCAGCAGGACCUAGCUGGGUAUAGGCUACGCUCACCUCAGUUCAGCCAGCCAUUCAACGCACCAAAAAGUUGCCUCUUUAACUUGAGUAACAACUGCCAGUUAAUCCUAGUUUGUCAUGCCCAAAUCGAGGGCUUGUGUACCAUCUGCAAGCAAUGAUGGAAUAUGGUUCCGGACCAGAGGCUGGAGUGAUCCACCCAUGAUGAGAGACACAAUGACGAGUACGGGGAGCAUGCUAAGCACGUCGCUCAGGGAACAGCAACCAGAGAGACCCAAACCUCCACCAGAACCAUUUAAUACAAAAAUAGAGUUAUCCUAUACUGUCAACAAUCCCUUCUCAAUGCACGACAACAGAAAUUCGUUUCAGGAUCAUGGAGUCUAUUUUGGACAUGGUCUCGGUAAACGCCUAUUCCAUGGUGAUGAAAGGCAGCAUGGCUCCAAGGAUUUUUACACGUGGGACUUGCCCGAGCAGGAUUUGCUUUCCACAAACUACCGGGAUGCCUUCCCGGGCAGGCCCUGUAGGCAACCACCCACCAGACGUCGCUUCCCCCGCCAACACUCGGAGCCCAAGCAUGGACAGCAGAAACUGGACACGACAACCACCGAUUGGUUCCGCUCACCGGAUGUACCCUACAAGACAGAAACACAAACCCUGGUCUCCAGCCAGGAGCCUCAUCUGAAACCCAACCCUUGGAAGUACUCAUACAAGGCUUACUAGCCCCAUCAGACCCUUAUCUGGGAUAUCCAGGGUAACAAAGUACCUAUGAUCAAAUCCACAACCUGGCGUACACUGAGCUGGUUGGAUUUCUACAGGUAAAGCCUCUGCCAAAGUGUCUACGAAGAGAAUUUUGUACCCCUUUUAGUAAUGCAAGCUUUUGCAAAUCAUUUUAUUAUAUCUUAUAAACUUCUGUACAAAUUAUAAAACUAUGCAAACGUUAUUUGUCAUUUUCUUUUUCAUUUGUGGCUGAACAGUAUGACCAAGUGCCGUGUUUUUGUGUUACUACACCUGUGGUGAUUUAUUCUACGUUAAUUCCAAACUUUCAGGAUUAAAACUUGUGCUGAAUCUGAAGUAUAAAUAUGAAAUGAAAACUGCAUAGUUCUCAGCAUUGUAAAAGCUUGAAACACAUCUCAUUUCUCAAACUCAUCCUCGCCAUGUUUGCUUUCAACUUUUGCAUGUAUUUUCCAGUUGCAUUGUUGAUUUAAAAGUUUCCUCAAAAUUGUUUGAAAGUUUGGCUUUUGUAUCUUUCCCAGUAAAUACAAGCAACACUGGUAAUUACAGAAAUCCAGUUGAAGUGAAUUUCACUCAAAAAAAGAAUCACACUGUUCUUGAAAAUUUUAUAUUCAAGUCAAAAAAUAAAACCUUGCCAGCAGAGUAAACUUAAGAAGAACCCAGGAAAGCAAAUUUUGUGCUUGUUAUAUCAGUCAAAAUAAUAACGCAUGGAUAUAUUCUUCUGUUUCCACAGGGUAAAUACCACAGAGUCAUUUACUUUCUGAUCUUAGUAAGCUACUGUUUCUACCAACUAGGAGGCUGACGGAACAAAUUACUAUACUUCUUAAUGAUCCAAGUCCUUCUAUUUCACUUCCAUACUUUCAUCCAUUUUUCUAGCAUUAUUUAUUUUAGCACGAUUUCUUCAGAAUUAAUCACCUUUUUAAAACUGUAAAGACAUUUCUUGUACAUAUAUCAGCAUUGUUUCAAUGAGGUUGGUUAUAAAAAGGCAGGUUUGAGCACAAAAGUGGUCUUAUCUCUCUGAAGUCCGAGUGUUGCAUUCAUUGACAGUAAAUUUCUUAAUAAAGAAUUUUGAAGUUCAAAGCAAUUAAAACAGUGUUUUUGAACACGAUACUGCCAAGAUCA